GAAGAUCCCGUGUUGUGUUGUGUCGUGCUCUCGUCUCUGUUCAGCUGGCCAUCUCCAGACUGGUAGGCCAUUGUCGCUCUGCCAGACCAGCACUGCUUCUUGUUUCAUUUGAUGCCCCCUUUUCCCAUCCUCUUUCUGUGCCACCUCCUGUCCGAGCGUCGCCUCCAUUGGGCGGUGAAACUACUUUUUGCCAGUAGAGGCCUUCUGUGCUCUUGAUUCUUCGUUUGCUCUAGCCUUGUCACCGAAAGUUACUGUCAUCAUCAUCGCCAUCGUCACCACUUGAUUGUUUUGUUACUCAGUCCCUCUGGACUUUGGCUGCUUGCGACCGACCCUCAAAGCAGUACCCUCUUUGCUCCUCUAAGCUGCUUCGUGCCGCCCAUCACCUGGAUCAAGUCCCGUAACUUCUUAUCAUCGUUACUUACACGUUAUCAUGGCCAAUACACCUGUCGCCAUGGCUGCCUUGCCUCCACAACACGACCUACGCCAGCGCCUCCUCGACUAUUGCACCUUUGACGAGACCCGCCAGAAAGAGAUCGAGUUUUUGAUCCAGAGCUGCAUUAAACUCAACCACACCUGCUCCACCCUAGAAUCCGACCUAGACGACGAGAGAAAUACGCGUCGCACAUGGAAGAAACGUGCCGAAGACGCCGAAGCUGCCGUGGCCCGCAAGUAUAGUGUAGUCCUCGUCGACGGCGACGGCUUCAUUUUUCGAAAGGCCUUCUUUGAUGCCCUGGCCACCUCCGGCGGUUCCAAGGCGGCCAAUGAGCUUUACAACCAGGUCAUCAACCAUCUAAAGGCCGCCGAGGCGCUUCCAGGCACUAAUCCCGACUGUGAUGUCCUGCUCAACAUCUAUGCAAAUAAGCAGGGGCUGGCGAGAACCCUCGUGGCCGCCGAUUACCUUGCCCACCCUUCUCAGAUCGAUUCCUUCUUUUGCUCCUUUACUCAAAGCCGCAGCCUCUUUCAUUUUAUCGAUUGCGGCCCGGGAAAGGAGAGGGUCGAUGCUAAACUACGAGAUACCUUCCGUUUCUAUGCAAAUAACGCGCAGUGUCAACGCAUCUACUUGGCCUGUUCCCACGAUAAUGGCUAUAUCGCCGAGUUCGACAAAUAUCGCCAUGACCAGGUCGUCGCUCCCAAGAUUGUCCUAGUGCACGGUGCACAGACGGCUGCGACUGCUCGGGCCUACAACGCUUUACCUUUCACGUCGACAAGAUUCGACAAUGUUUUCGAGUCCUCACCCUUAGAGAUCAUCCCCAAGCCCGAGAUGGUCUAUGUCCAACCCGCCCUCGAGGCCCUCAGCCUGGCUUCGUCCUCCGUCGAAAAUGGUAGCUCGGAUUUGACCCCAGCUAUGAGUAGGUCGAGCUAUUCAUCCAACCCUGUCCCACAGCCCUCGACAUCGAUGGCUACGCUUCCACUCAACACCGUUAACAGAGCCUCAUCUCAGGCCAAAGCGUCCACCCCACCCACCGAGGUAGCUAAACCGAAGCCCGCCACCCAAGCUUAUGCUGCGGCGCUCAACGGGGGUCACGAUGGCAAGAGCGGAAUUCCGGUCAACCGCCUGGGGCAGAGGAUUGAUUUGAAGAUGAGAGUCCCCUCCGACGCGGAGAUGGGGAAGUUUGACGAUCGUAUCGCCGUGCGCAAGCUCUGUAACGAGCAUCAUCUGCGAGACAACUGUGAAUCCUACAACUGUCGUUACGAUCAUGAACCCAUUGACGCUACCAUGAAGAAUACCUUGCGCUACAAGGCGAGAAGCAUUGCGUGUACUUAUGGUUCCAAGUGUCGUCGCAGCGAUUGCUUUUAUGGUCAUCAAUGUCCGUGGGGUAACAACAACUGCGGAAAUCCGAAAUGCUCCUUUCUCAAAGCCGGCUUACACGACAUCAGGGACCUGGAGAUUGCCAAAUUUGUUGCGCCUGCUCCAGGUUAUUGAGGCAUUGUGGGCGUGAGAGCGUGAAGCCAUGGAGCGGGCGGGGUUGACUUGAAGGAGUUCUGGGAAUGCGAUAUCUCUCUUGCUCUUUUCUUUCUUUUUCUUUCUUUCAUUGAUAGAUGAAGCAAGCGGGUCGAAUCUGAGGUGCAGGUGACUGAUAGCUAGCACAAGUACUAGCAAUGUUUUCUUUGUUACUCGCUCGUUUGACGGAUAGACGUACAAGAUCUGCCGUCGAUCACCCAGAGUUCGGCGACAAGAGUUUCACCACGUUUCUGAUGCGAUAGAUCAUUUCCUGAGCUGGGCCGCCA